CUCGAAAUGAAGCAGUUACCAGCCGACACAGUCCGAAUUCUUUCCAGCUCACAGGUGAUUACUUCAGUCAACAGUGUGGUUAAAGAGCUGGUGGAAAACUCCUUGGAUGCCAACGCAACAAGUAUCGAUGUCAAACUGGAAAACUACGGCUUUGAUAAGAUUGAGGUGCGAGACAACGGUGACGGGAUCAAAGCAGCUGACGUUCCAGUAAUGGCCAUGAAACACUACACUUCAAAAAUAAACUCUUCUGAGGACCUUGAACACUUGACAACCUACGGUUUUCGUGGCGAAGCCUUAGGUUCGAUUUGUUGCACAUCUGAAGUUCUGAUUACAACGAAGACAGCCGCUGAUGACUUUAGCACCCAAUACGUUUUGGAUAGAAGCGGUCAUGUAACUGCUCAAAAGCCCUCUCAUCUUGGACAAGGUACAACUGUAUCAGUUCUGAAACUGUUCAAGAAUCUCCCUGUAAGAAAGCAGUUUUAUUCAACAGAUAAAAAAUGCAAGGCAGAAAUCAGAAAAAUUCAAAAUCUUCUGAUGGCAUAUGGCAUCGUAAAACCAGAACUGAGGUUAACGUUGACACAUAAUAAGGUGGUCAUCUGGCAAAAGAACAAGGUAUCUGAUCACAAAAUGGCUUUCAUGGCGGUAGUAGGACCUGCAGUUAUGGGCAGCCUGGUGCCUUUUCAACACCGCUGUGAAAACCCUGCGGUAUCUCUCAGUGGCUUCCUUCCAAAGCCUAAUUCAGACGCUUCUUUGACAAGCCAUUCAAGUUCAGAAAGGAGCUUUAUCUUCGUAAACAACAGACCAGUUUAUCAGAAGGACAUUCUCAAGCUGGUUCAGCAUUACUGUAACCUGAAGUCUUCUAAUCAUUCAUACCCCAUUUUCUUUAUGAAUGUUACUAUUUCUCCAUCUGCCGUGGACGUCAAUUUAACACCAGAUAAAUCUCAAGUAUUGCUGCAUGAUAAGGAGUCCAUUUGCCUUGUUAUCGAAGAUAUUUUAACGGCGCUCUAUGAGCCUCGAACCGGGGCCGCUUCUUGUGAAACCGAUGUAACAGAUACGGCCUCGGUAGACAUCUUUACUAAUGAAACAGAACAAACAGAUGUGACUGUUAAUGAGCUUGAAUCCUGCGGAAGGCCGGCUCUGCAAGCACGUACCGCAUUGUUUUCGCUUAGUAAUGAUGUGCGAAAUGGGGAAACCGGAAAAAACACAGAGGUCUGUUUGAUUAAUCAAACGUCGUAUAAUGAUUCUCCUCCUAACCUCCUCACCAAAAAAGAAAUAUCUGGCAGUAAGACAGCUGGCUAUGAUGGAUUUCAGGAACAUUCACUAAAUAAUUUACCAUGUGAGGACCAACAGAGCAGGUAUAAGACCCUGAACACAUAUGGGGAUAUUUUAAAGGACGCUCGUCCUGAAAAUGGCACGGGGGGUGAUUUGAGAAGUGACAAGAUCCAAGAAGUAGACGAGAUGGAAAGGCCGAGGAUCCCAAAGGAUUCCUCUGAAGUCUCUGCUGAUAAAUGGAGCCUGGGGCAGGCGUUUGUGAAUUCCCGAGGAGAGAAUCUGGAACCUGUUCGGGUUUUAAUCCCAGGAACAGAAGAAGCAAGAAUGCAGAAGGAAAAUGAUGGUAACAGUCAACUCAGUUUUCAACAGGAAAAGAACAACCCGAGUAUUAAAAAAACAAAUGUGGUAAAUGAUAAAGUAGGACAGAUUACAGCCUAUGAUUUAAUUAAAAGCCAGAUAGUAAGGAAACCUGUGUCGGCAUUUGGCCUUUUUGCUCAAGACAAUCGUUCCAGAUUGUUGACAGAAAACCCCAAAGCAAGCGCAGAAGAACUGAGGCUGAAAAUGGAAGAAAUGUGGGAAGCACUAAAUGAAGAAGAAAAAAAGAAAUACGAGGAAAGAGCUGAUAAAGACCUGGAGCGAUACAACAGGCAAAGCCGAAGAGCUCUGGAUCUGAAUGUGCAGAGACCAGCUAAAGAGAGGGAGCGAAAACCCAAGUCCAAACUGAAAGACUGUCUGUCUGAUCAGCAGAAACUCGACAGACUUUUCCAUUCUCAAACGGGAAAGAAACGCAGUGGCUCCCACCCUAUAAAAAUCGUGCAAGUUCCAUUCACUAUGGAUUUGUUCAAACAGAAGCUUCACCGACUCAAGCAGAAGGAGUCAGAUGAAGAACAACUCUGUCUAAUCCGUCUUCCGAAUUUUCCUGACGCCUGGAUAAUUGCCUCCGAUCAAAAGAUAACAAUGUUGAAUCCGUACCGAGUGGAAGAAGCCCUGCUCUAUAAAAAGCUUCUCGAAGACCAUAAGCUUCCUACACAGAAACUGGACAGGCCUAUUGUGUUGACUGACAGUCUUCUUAGUGAUCCCAGUUACAUGGAAGCUCUUCGCAAUAUGCCGAAGGAAAGUCGACAGUUCGACGGAUCAUCCUAUUUGCUGGAUCCGAGACUCGUAGCAAACGGUUUUAAGAUAAAAAUAAUACCAGGUAUGAUGUGGUCUCAAAAUUAG